AUGGGUAAUUUUUCUACCACUCGCCACAAAUCUUUGAUUGCAUUGGCUUUUCCUGCAGGAUUGUCGCUGGGAAGUAAUACCAAGCUUUGGCUGGCGUUUGUAGAAGAGAUCUGUAUUAGACAUCAUAAGGGAGGGAAUUGGAACAGCUACUGCAAAUUUACCUUGGAGAAUACGCGAUGCUGCAUGUAUAAGUUGUGCAUCCUACUGACCGGAGGUUCUUCAAAGCU